CCUGAAUGUCACAGUCUGAAUUGCCAACAAAAGAGUCAACAUGGCUGGAGAGAAAUAUGCCAUUGAGCAAAGUUUUUCUUUUUCUCUUCUUUCCUCCAAGAAGUUCCUCUUCCAACAGGACAAAGACACUUUAGCGCUGUUAAUGAAAUGGUCCAUGCUGGGGAGGAUUUCAGCUCAGUCUUACAGCUUUGAUCAGAGCUUUCACCCUUACAACUGUGAAAAGUUUGCACUGUGUUUCUUCACAGACCCUAAUGUGGUAUCAAGUCUGAGAAAGAUGGAAGCAGGAGUCUGGGUGCCUCUUGACAAGCCAGUGGUGUCUGUUGAUGUGGAGGUGGUGCCAUGCACUGCAGUCUCCAUGGAGCUGUUUGACCCAGUCUACUCUUGUGGGAUCCUGAGGCCUUCUGGACAUGUAGUUAAAUGCUUUCAUGAUGUCUACCCUGACUAUGAUGAGCUCAGACAGAUGUUGCAGGAAGAGGACUCUGACCACUACUAUGUGGUUGGGAAAGAGGAGCGAAGAGAGUUUCUGUUUCGCCUCUUCAAGCACUUGUGUCUUGGGGGAGAGCUCUGCCAGUACGAAGAUACCAUUGAUCCUUACAUAAGCACCACAAAGAAAAUGUACAAAGACCUGAUCAGUGUGCAGAAGGAUCCAGAGACCAGGAAGAUCAGUGUCGUCUCCACAGUGCUCAAAGUGUGUGCCUAUGAUGAAUCGGGACGAUGUUACCCUGGAAGACAAGAGGAGGAGCAAACAUUUGCCUAUUUGAUUGUCGACCCGUUCAAACGACACAUGACUAUGUUGCAUCACUUCUACGGUGUUGGAAACUUCACAUUAUGAAGACCUGGAAAUAGUCUUACUUCCUGAAUCAAACCUAUCAGUCGCCUGCUGCACACGCUAACACAAUGGAAUUUGUGGCCUAAUGAAUGGGUUCACUCUGUCAGUAAGCAUUCCUUCUUUACUGUUGUGAGCAAUUUGAGAAAAAUGGUAAAUUGUCUCAAAACCUGUAUAGUACUUUCCUAUGCAUUGCACCACAUUUUCACAUUCACAAACACCAGUGAUAUCACUGGGAGCAACUGGAGCUUCAGCAUCUUGUUCAAUGGCACUUCGACACGUGGACUAGGGAAGCCAGGAAUUAAACCACCAACCUUCCGGGUAGGAGACUGCUCUAUGUUCUGAACCACAGCCGCCCCAGUCAAAAGGAGAGCAAAGGGAAUAAUUGUUUUGUUCUUUGUGUCAUCAAACCAUUUUAAACCAACAUUAAGAAGCAACUCUGUGCCUUUCUUUGUGGAUGUUCUGUAAGAAGUUACUUCUCUCAUUGUAAACUAAAAGUAAUUUAAAAGCUAACAUCCUUCUCUAAAUAUUAAUAGGCAGGCAGUGUUAUAUA